AUGAGAGCUGAUAGAAUCCUAAACGUCUUUCGUCAAGUGGGGAAAAGGUACCAAUCAAGUUUGGCUGGUUCAAAUGGACCAGGUGUGACGUUUUCAAGCAUCGCAAAGCAGCAGGAACAACAGGAACAAGAUAUCUCAAAUGUGGUGAGCCCCAGUAGUGGUAAGAAUAAGAAUGCAUUAAAACCUAAUGAACGGCCUGUGAAAUACAUUUUGAACUGUCUAUUCUCAAAAAACAAUGCACAUUUUACCUAUUCAGCAGUUAUGGAAGAUGUUAACUUCUUGAAGAACAACCAAGAUCUAUCCUAUAAUGAGAAAUUCUUCUACUAUUUGAAUCUACCACGUAGGGUUAAAUUUUCACUUUCCACAGGUUGUUUAGGAUUUAGGAAAGCCGCCAGAGGUGAAUACGAAGCUGCAUUUCAAACUUCCGCCAAAGUUUUCCAAUUGAUCCAGGAUAAAAAAUUAAUGGAUAAAGAUAUUGAAAUUGUGAUGAAAGAUUUUGGUAAAGGUAGAGCUGCCUUUAUCUCUGCAUUAAAUGGUAAGGAAGGUACACAACUUCGGAAAAAUGUGGUUAGAAUAAGUGACAAGACUGCGUUGAAAUUUGGUGGUGUGAGGGCUCCAAGAGUAAGAAGAUUGUGA